AUGACUGUCCCCGACGAGGUUGAUAUCAUCGUGUGUGGUGGAGGAUCAUGCGGCUGUGUUGUUGCUGGCCGUUUGGCCAACUUGGACCACAACCUUCAGGUCUUGCUCAUUGAAGCUGGAGAGAGCAACUUGAACAACCCAUGGGUGUUCCGUCCCGGUAUCUACCCAAGGAACAUGAAGUUGGACUCCAAGACCGCUUCAUUCUACUAUUCCCGUCCAUCAGAAUGGCUUGCCGGUCGCCGCGCUGUCGUUCCCGUCGCCCACAUUCUGGGUGGUGGUUCUAGUAUCAACUUCAUGAUGUACACUCGUGCAUCCGCUUCCGACUACGAUGACUUCCAGGCCAAGGGAUGGACUACCAAGGAAUUGCUUCCUCUGAUGAAGAAGCACGAAACAUACCAGCGUGCUUGCAACAACCGUGACCUCCACGGUUUCGAGGGCCCAAUCAAGGUCUCCUUCGGCAACUACACAUACCCUGUCAUGCAAGACUUCCUCCGCGCAGUCGAGUCUCAGGGCAUUCCAGUCACCGAUGAUCUGCAGGAUUUGACCACUGGCCACGGUGCCGAGCACUGGCUCAAGUGGAUUAACCGUGACACUGGACGUCGUUCGGACUCUGCCCACGGAUACAUUCACAGCACUCGCGCCAAGCACCAGAACCUUCAUCUUCAGUGCAACACCAAGGUUGACAAGAUCAUCUUGGAGGGCAACAGGGCCGUGGGAGUCCGAACCGUCCCAACCAAGCCAUUGCACCCAAGUGAGAACGUCUCGAGAACCUUCACGGCACGCAAGCAAAUCAUCGUCAGUGGUGGCACUCUCAGUUCCCCGUUGAUCUUGCAGCGAUCCGGAAUUGGUGAGCCUGCGAAGCUCCGAAGGGCUGGUGUCAAGCCUCUUAUCGACCUUCCCGGUGUUGGUCUGAACUUCCAGGACCACUACCUGACAUUCGCCACAUACCGCGCCAAGCCAUGGGUUGAGUCCUUCGACGACUUCGUUCGUGGUGACAAGGAGACUCAAGAGAAGGUAUUCAACCAGUGGAACAUCAACGGCACUGGUCCAUUGGCCACCAACGGUAUUGAGGCUGGUGUUAAGAUCAGGCCAACUGAGGAGGAGCUCGACGAGAUGGACAGCUGGCCAUACCCAGAAUUCCGCUCCGGCUGGGACAGCUACUUCAAGGACAAGCCCGACAAGCCCGUCAUGCACUACUCGGUCAUUGCUGGAUGGUUCGGUGACCACAUGCUCAUGCCCCCCGGCAAGUUCUUCACCAUGUUCCACUUCUUGGAGUAUCCAUUCUCCCGUGGUUUCACACAUAUCACCAGCCCUAACCCAUACGAUGCUCCCGACUUCGACGCCGGUUUCAUGAACGACAAGCGCGACAUGGCACCAAUGGUUUGGGGAUACAUCAAGUCUCGUGAGACUGCCCGUCGCAUGGACGCUUACGCCGGUGAAGUGACUGGCAUGCACCCAUUCUACCCAUACGACUCACCAGCUCGUGCCAACGACAUGGACAUUGACGUUACUAACGCCUACGCCGGCCCCAACCACAUCACCGCCAACAUCCAGCACGGUAGCUGGUCCACCAAGAAAGAGCCCGGCAAGACCCCUGUCCAGACAUUCCUCAACAGCAGCCAGCAGCAAAUCAUGGAAGACCUCAAGUACAGCAAGGAAGACUUGCUCGCUCUUGAGGAGUGGACCAAGCGCCACGUUGAGACUACCUGGCACAGUCUUGGAACUUGCUCAAUGGCUCCAAAGAACGGCAACAGCAUCGUCAAGCACGGUGUGCUCGACGAGCGCCUCAACGUCCACGGAGUCAAGGGCCUCAAGGUCGCCGACUUGUCGAUCUGCCCAGACAACGUUGGCUGCAACACCUACAGCACUGCACUGCUGAUUGGUGAGAAGUGUGCUAUGCUCACUGCGGAGGAUCUUGGUUACARUGGCCGCGCUCUCGACAUGAAGGUUCCAGAAUACCACGCUCCUCGCGAGGUGACUGGUCUCUCCAGGUUGUAG